AUGCGGGAGGAGCAAAGGCCGGAAUGUGUCAAAUCGAAUUGCGAUCGAGGAUCGGACAAUGCAAGGCAGGCUUUCUUCAAGUCGCGGGGUUGGAAGAGGAAGGGCGCGUUCCGUGCGUGUCACGGGAGUGCCAAGGAUUUUCGCGUCUUCGCCGUUUUGGGCCACUCGACUUUAGAUUUUAUGGCCUUGACUUGCUCGAUGGCGUCCAUUCCGAAGUCAAGGGUUGCUGAUAUCCCAUGGCACCAUCUUUUGCGUGCCUCUCUGCGCGAAUGCACCUAUUUACCUGACCCCGUUGCCCGGUCUUACAUGCGUGACUAUGUUCUGGACCGAUAUCGCCGCGCUUCUGACAAACUCGGCCGACCAGAAAGCCAAAAGCUCCAACGAGCCCGCCAGGGACUGUCAAUACUACGAAGAGCCAAUGAGGGGUUUCAGCUCCCCCUUGAAAAGGUUUUAUUCCUCUCAUACGGUCGUAUUGGCAAGCGACGGCAUGAAAUGCUACACGACUUCAUGAAACCCGCCAUACCAAAGGAUACAGCUGCGGUCAAAGCACUCAUCAAGCAGCCUGCCAAAUUUCAAGAUGGUUGGGAGCCUCCAGCGUUAAUGAAGAGUCUCGCCAACUCCCAGAUGCAGAAUGGAGUGGUGAUGACGAUUCGUCGUCGGCCACGGCUACAAAAACUCGAGCCGCCUAUACCAGAGAAGAAUUCCUGGGGUCGACCAGUGCCUAAGGUGCGUCGAAGGAAUAUCCGCCAAAAAUGGUAUCAGUCGACUCUUUUUUCCCUCUACCCCCCCUUGCCAGAAAAGGAACUUGGCAUCCUAGACGGUCUAUUAUCAAGAACUAUACCCUGGGAACCGGUGAAGCGAAGGGUACUCCCAACCAUCACCCCUUCCCCCUCCACCACCACUGAUAAUACCAUCCUGGAUUUCUUGGUAGAGGGGCCUCAAAAGGGCCACACGUUCCGUGAAUAUGUCCUCGGCCGGCCACACAACUUUACACCCAGAUUCAUGCAUCGCCAAUGGAGGCGCAUUUCUGCACUGGUGCCUCGGAUGUACCACAUUCCCCAGUCUGAUAAAACAUACUUCAGCUGGGAUACACCAAAGCCAAUGCUGGCAGUGAACUCGUCCGUCGUCGCAGAAUCAGACUUGGAUGAUAUCUUUGGGGAAAAAAUUGUUCCAACUCCGAAGCCCAAGCCCAAGCCCAAGCCCAAGACUACCCAGCAGAAUUAA